AUUGUGAUAAAGAGGAAAUUUGUGAAGGUUGUGAUGAAGAUAAAGUUUGUGAUCGUAAUAAAGAUGAAUUUUGUAAUCGUGAUAAAGAUGAAUUUUGUGGUUGUGAUGAUGAUUUUUGUAUUUGUGAUGAAGAUGAUUUUUGUGUUCGUAAAGAUGAUGAAUAUUUUGGUUGUGAUAAUGAAUUUU